ACAAGUACUUCAUUUUUUAGCCUCAUAAGAAGUUCACAUUUUCCCUCUAAUUAAGGCACGUAAAACCUCUUCCCUCCCACUCAGUCAUCUGCAUCCCAUUCCUUAAUGGAAGCAACAAACAUCCCCCUCCAGCCUCCAACUUAUGGAAACUUCAUCACCGUUCUCAGCAUUGACGGCGGUGGAAUAAGAGGGCUUAUCCCAGGAACUAUCCUAAGCUUCUUAGAAUCUGAGCUUCAGAAGCUGGAUGGUGAAGAUGCAAGAAUCGCAGAUUAUUUUGAUGUUAUUGCAGGAACAAGCACAGGAGGUCUUGUAACUGCCAUGCUAACUGCCCCAAAUGAGAAGAACCGACCCCUCUUUGCCGCUAAGGAUAUCAAGGACUUCUACCUAAACAACUGCCCUAGAAUCUUCCCGCAAAACAGUUGUCCAUUAUUUCCUCAUGUUACAAUGAUUGUCAAAGCUCUUUCCGGACCAAAGUAUGAUGGGAAGUAUCUACAUAACAUUAUUAGGGAAAAACUAGGAAGUCUAAAAUUGCACCAGACGUUGACUAAUGUUGUCAUCCCAACAUUUGACAUCAAGCGACUCCAGCCAACCAUCUUUUCUAGCUAUGAGGUAAAGAAAAACCCGAGCAUAGAUGCCUUACUCUCAGAUGUAUGCAUCGCAACUUCAGCUGCUCCAACUUAUCUUCCAACUUAUUACUUUGAAACCAAAGAUGCAGAAGGGAAAGUACUUAGAGAAUUUAACCUUACAGAUGGUGGGGUUGCUGCUAAUAAUCCGGCCUUAGUUGCGAUAGGCGAAGUGUCGAAGGAAAUCAUUAGAGGAAAUUCUGACUUCUUUCCCAUAAAACCAAUGGACUAUGAACGGUUUCUGGUCAUAUCAUUAGGAACUGGCUCACACAAAGCUGAAGAAAAAUACAAGGCGACCGACGCAGCUAAGUGGGGCAUACUGGAUUGGUUAACUAAGGGUGGUUCCACCCCAAUAAUUAAUGUAUUUUCUGAAGCAAGUGCAGACAUGGUUGAUGUCCACCUCUCUGUAGUUUUUAAAGCCCUUCAUUGUGAGAGAAGCUAUCUGCGAAUUCAGGACGAUACAUUAAGCGGGGUAAUAUCUUCCGUGGAUGUAGCCACGACAAAGAAUUUGGAUGAUCUUGUGAAAGCUGGCGAAGCGCUGCUAAAGAAACCGGUCUCCAGGGUGAAUCCGGAGACAGGCAUCUUUGAGGCUGCAAACCAUGAGACUAAUGAAGAGGCUCUCAAAAGGUUUGCAAAACUACUUUCCCAAGAGAGGCAGCUUCGCCAUGCUAAGUCCCCCGUUGGACAUGCUGCCCAUGCAUCACAAACAUAUAUAAUUAAUGACUUUAAUAAGUGUUGUAAUUAAUUAAGGUCAAGGUGGGCCGCGUAGAAAAAUCCACCGGCCUCCUGAUUCAUUCAUUAUUCGUUUCAAUUUGUUUGAAUAAAAUUCUGGUUGUGUAAUUGGGAUUCUAAAAAUGGGGAGUUUUCUAGUUCGGAGACUUGGGAGAAGCUUAGAGUAGCUCAUUCGAUUACUGAUUGGCAUAAGAUUGUUUGGUUCCCUGCUAGCAUCCCUAAACAUUCUUUUGUGCUUUGGCUUGUUUUUCAUGGUGCUUUGAUCACAAAGGAAAAAAUGUGUAGCUGGGGUUUUAAUGGUAAUAUUUCAUGCUUGUUCUGUCAUGCCUGUGUAGAAAGUAGAGAUCAUCUCUUCUUCUCUUGUGGUUUCAGUAGGCGUAUCUGGUAUACUAUCAUGAGGGACUGUUCAAUAUCCUACCCCCCUGUUGAGUGGGACGAUAUUGAAGAUUGGUGUGGUUCGGUAAUGAAGGGGGAUAGUUUCUAUGCUAGUCGCAGGAAACUAUAUUUUGGGGCUGCUGUUUACCAUCUAUGGAGACAGAGGAAUCUUCUUCUUCACGGCGAGACUCCUUUGACCGAAGAGAGGAUUAUCUCCAAGAUUAGAUGGGAGGUGAAGACUAGAAUGAUUUAUAAAUUCCCUUCGAAAUCCCCUUGUAACCAUAGAUGAUGGCCUGUUGAUGGUGUUUUCUGUAGAUUGCUUUUCUGUUUGUUGGUGUUUGCUGCUAUGCAGAUCUGGUUUUCUGUGGGAGGGGGUUGUGUGUGUAUUUGGUUAUUGUUUGUUGCAUGUGAUAGUGGUUUAGCAGGUUUUUUUUUCUGUUCAAGUAGUUUCCUUGCUUGGGGAUUGUCCUAUGCAGGAUUUGUAUCCAGUUUUAAUUGGAGUGUAAGGAUGUUGAGUUUUGAGCUUAUGAA